UGGAUUUGUGACGUGUUAAGGCCUUCCGCUGUAAACAUUCGACUUAUCUUGCCCGUCACUCCCUUGCACAAGAACCGUCAAUUUUAACACGUACGGUCGAAUACCUAUGAAACGGCAGUGAAAUGGCAGCUCUAUCGGUGCAAGUCAAAACCAAUCUGGCCAAGUUUAGCGAGAGGGAAAAGAAACAUUUCCGUGAGGCCUUUGAACUCUUUGAUCACGAUGGCAGCGGUUUCAUCACCACUGACGAGAUUGGAGUUGUCAUGAGGAGACUGGGACAGAAUCCGUCCCCAUCGGAAUUGGAAGACUUGAUCAGGGAUGUGGAUGCCGAUAACAGUGGCCACAUUGACUUCAACGAGUUUCUAGUCAUGAUGUCUCAGACAAAAGAGAAAGGCCAGCAGGCGGAAUUGCGCCAGGCCUUCAGGCUCUUUGAUGCAGACGAUGAUGGUUUCAUCACGUUCGAGGAUCUGAAGAGAGUUAUGCGUGUCACUGGAGAAAGUUUGUCGGAAAAAGAAUUGAAAGACAUGUUCACAAAGGCAGAUAUUAACAAGGAUAGCCUUGUUGAUAUGAAAGAGUUCACCAGGAUUGUGAGCAACGAAUAAAUGGACUUCUGUGCCAUAAAUUUGAAUAAGCCAGUGAAUGAUUUGCAGUUUUUGUCUUGCCAAACUGCCGAGUUCAAAUAUUGCUAAGGUUUAACAUUCGUUUGAAUGCAUACGCACCUUUUGUUUUGUAAUCAAUCAGGCUUUGCCUGUUUAGAAAGCCGGGGUUAGAUGAAAUAUUAUAAAGGCUUGAUGUUAGCGAUGUUAAAAAUAAAAUACUGCUUUGUGUUCCCA